GUAUUACUAUAUACGAAAUCAUAACUGGUAACUCACCAUAUCAUGACCAAAGCACAAUGAGAGCUAUUCAACUUAUUCCUAAGAAUAGGCCAGCUACACUUGAAAAUCUUUAUUCUCCACUGUUAAGA